CGUUUCACCGGGGUUUAGACUCGGCGCAAAAAGCCAAGCUAUUCGCAUUUGACCCACUUUCUGAUUUGAACGAAAGGCUGCUCAUUCGCUCUUCCGAUAGUUAGCUAUAGCAGGCGGUAGAAACCAACACUUUCCAACCAGAUCCGAGAGAGAAGAGGGGGAACAUGGACAUGAAAAAGAGAAUUCACCUAGAACUGAGAAAUAGGACGCCGUCGGAUGUUCAGGAGUUGGUCCUAGAUAACUGCCGGUCCAACGAGGGGAAGAUGGAGGGCGUAACGGAGGAGUUUGAGAACCUGGAACUGUUGAGCCUCAUCAACGUCGGCCUCAUCAACGUCUCAAACAUUCCCAAAUUGGGGAAAUUAAAAAAGUUGGAGCUGAGUGACAACAGGAUAUCUGGUGGUUUGGAGGUGCUGGCUGAGAGGCUUGUCAACCUCACACACCUCAACCUCUCUGGGAACAAGUUCAAGGACAUCAGCACACUGGAACCACUGAAAAAACUUCCCGUAUUGAAGUCUCUGGACCUCUUUAACUGUGAGGUCACCAACCUGGGCGACUACAGAGAGAGCAUCUUCAAGCUCCUCCCACAGCUCACGUACCUGGAUGGCUACGAUAUCGAAGACUGCGAGGCCUCCGACUCGGACGGCGAGGGAGACGGGGUCGACGACGACGACGAUGAAGAGGGAGAGUCUGAGGAGACUUUGAUGAAGAGGAGGAGGAUGAUGAUGAAGAGGUCAUUGCAGAGGAAGAUGACGACAGUGGCGGAGAGUGAAGAGGUAAGAUCCGGCCCAUGGAGGGGGCAAUUUUUGUAUAAUUUUCAGUUCAGUCCUCCGGAACUGGUUAAAGACCGACCGCACCCCUGAAAAACAAUCAGGGGU